AUGAGUAAUGUCCGUGGAAAUAUAACCCCCGCCGUUGUUUAUGCUUCCAAUGAGCCGAAUGCUCUUAAUGCCUCGGAUGAUGGCAUUAAAAACUAUGAGGCCUACGAAGACAUUCAAUCAAACAAUUCAGAAUCUAAAUUUGCUCCAUUUUCCAAACUGAGCAAAAAAAUUGCCGCCGUCAUUCCUCCUGGAGGGAUUUUUGCCAGCGCCUUUAACAUCGCGGCCACGACGUUGGGCGCCGGCAUCUUUGGUUUGCCGUCAACCGCCAAUGGAAGCGGACUUGUGAUGGGAAUAUUAUAUCUCGUCAUAAUUAAUUGCAUGACCAUAUAUUCCAUGUAUAAUCUCGCCCUUGCAGCCGAACGUUCUAAAGCACUCACAUAUGAAGGCGUUACAUUUGUGGUGUUGGGGCGCUGGGCUGCAUAUGCCAUCGCUGCUGUUCGAGCAUUUGAUGGCUUUACGAGUUGUAUUGCCUACGUGAUUUCAGUGGGAGAUAUUUUCUCUUCUAUUUUGAAGGGAACCGAUGCACCUGAGUUCUGGAAGGGAAAUACGGGCAACCGACUUUUGACCGCGCUUCUAUGGCUCUGUUGUAUGCUUCCACUUGUGAUACCGCGACAUGUGGAUUCACUUCGUCAUGUUUCCACCUGUGCCGUUACUUUCAUGGUGUAUUUUGUCAUUGUGAUUGUUGUGCACUCGUGUCUAAAUGGGCUUCCGGAGAAUAUUAAGGAUGUUAGUGUUGGAAAGAGUGAUACAGCUGCUAUCAUUCUCUUUAAUAGCGGGAAUGCAGCUGUUGAAGGAUUGGGAGUAUUUAUGUUCUCAUACACGUGCCAGGACACGGCGUAUGAAAUAUAUAUGGACAUGAAGGAUCGCUCCGUGCGUAAGUUCGUUAUUUCAUCCGCUAUCGCGAUGUGUAUGUGUACCGUGUUGUAUAUACUCACCGUAUUUUUCGGUUACAUGGACUUUGGCCGUGAUGUUACCGGUUCAAUUUUGCUCAUGUACGAUCCCGUGAAUGAACCUGCGGUGAUGGUUGGUAUGAUUGGUGUGCUUGUGAAGCUGAUCGCCUCAUAUGCGCUGCUCGCUAUGGCGUGUCGUAAUGCGUUAUACAGCAUUGCAGGAAAGAAUGCGGAUGUAUUGCCCUUUUGGAAACAUUGUGCCUCAGUUGUAACCUUAUCUGUAGCGGCACUGGUUUUGGGUCUCUUCAUCCCAAAGGUUAAUACGGUUCUUGGUUUUGCUGGUUCCAUUACUGGUGGCUCACUUGGUUAUAUUUUCCCUUCGCUACUUCUUAUGUACUCGGGUGGCUUCACAUGGCAACGCGUUGGGCCUUUUCAUUAUCUCGUAGCGUACGGGUUGUUAAUUUCAGGUGUUGUCGGCGUUGUUUUUGGUACCGGUGCCACCAUUUGGGGCACAAUUGUUGGCUAA